AUGGUGAUGAGGGCCUUCAUGCUAAUAGCCAUCUUUGUGGAAGCCUCUGCAAGAUCCUGUACCCCAAAUAAAGCAGAUGUUAUUCUUGUAUUUUGCUAUCCCAAAACCAUCAUCACCAAGAUUCCCGAGUGUCCCUAUGGAUGGGAAGUCCACCAGCUUGCUCUUGGGGGUCUGUGCUACAAUGGAGUUCAUGAGGGAGGCUACUAUCAAUUUGUCAUCCCAGAUUUGUCACCUAAGAACAAGUCCUAUUGUGGAACCCAAUCUGAGUACAAGCCUCCCAUCUACCACUUCUACAGCCACAUUGUUUCCAAUGACAGCACCGUGGUUGUGAAGAACCAGCCAGUGAACUACUCCUUCUCCUGCACCUAUCAUUCCACCUACCUGGUGAACCAGGCUGCCUUUGAUCAGAGAGUGGCCACCGUUCACGUGAAGAACGGGAGCAUGGGCACAUUUGAAAGUCAAUUGUCUCUCAACUUCUACACUAAUGCCAAGUUCUCCACCAAGAAAGAAGCUCCUUUUGUCCUGGAGACUUCCGAAAUUGGAUCCGAUUUAUUUGCAGGAGUAGAAGCCAAAGGGUUAAGUGUUAGGUUUAAAGUGGUUUUGAACAGCUGUUGGGCCACCCCCUCGGCUGAUUUCAUGUACCCCUUGCAGUGGCAACUGAUCAACAAGGGCUGCCCCACGGAUGAGACUGUGUUGGUGCACGAGAAUGGAAAAGAUCAUAGGGCAACCUUCCAAUUCAAUGCCUUCCGCUUCCAGAACAUCCCCAAGCUCUCCAAGGUCUGGCUGCACUGUGAGACAUUCAUCUGUGACAGUGAGAAGCUCUCCUGCCCUGUGACUUGCGACAAAAGGAAGCGGCUCCUGCGAGAUCAAACAGGUGGUGUGCUGGUGGUGGAGCUUUCCCUCCGAAGCAGGGGAUUCUCCAAUCUUUAUCACUUUUCAGAUGUUUUCUACCACCUCAUCCUGAUGCUGGGAAUCUGUGGAGUCUUAUAG